CAUGCACAUGACAGCAAAUUAUUGAAUUUUUCUUUUGAAGAAAUCAAAAUAAACUUAGAAACAAGAAUUACAAGUAAAAUUUUGCUUUUUAAACAGAGUUUAGAACCGAUAUACCUAAUUUAUUGGUUAUCGCUGUUAUUCGAACGAUUUAUUUUAAGUUGUAGACCUUACGUUUAGCAUCAACAAUGGAGCCAGGUCUUGCGGUUGAGGAGAUAGUUAUCAAACCAGAGGUCAUCCUCAUCUCAGACGACGAAAUUGAUUACAACGGGGAGCCACAAAAGAAACGCCGCCGGCGUGUUGUAAAGAAAUCCCCCCAUCCCUGCGAAGACUGCGACAAGAUAUUCCAAACGGGCUAUGAGCUGAAGAAACAUAAGCGCACGCACACAGGGGAACGGCCGUACAUGUGUACCACAUGUGGGAAAACUUACACACAGCUCGGACAUCUCAGUAUCCACGCACUCACGCAUCAAGGCAUAAAGAACUUCAACUGUCACGAGUGCGGCGCGUCGUUCUACAGGAAAGCCGACCUCGACCGGCACGAGAAGAUACACACAGGGGACAAACCACACGAGUGCGAAAUAUGCUCCAAGAGCUUUGUGCAGAAAAAUAAUCUGGUCAUGCAUUUGAAGAUGCACUCGGGGGAGAAGCCACAUGAAUGCGAAGUGUGUAAAAAGAGGUUCCUGACGCGGAGCAAGCUCGUCCUACAUUCCAAACGGCAUGAAAAAGACAAGAAAAUCAAAAAAGAGUUCCUUGAACAGAUGAUGGUGUAAAUAUUUAAGAAAUUUUAGAGUAAGGUUUAUGGUCAUUCAUUUUUUUUACCAGUUAGGGUAAAAUGAUAAACUAUAUUUCGUUUUUUUUAGCAUUAGAAAUAAGGUAAACAAUCUUGAUGUGUCUUUUAAUUGAAAAACA